AUCAAGCAGGAUCAUAAGAAUCAAGAAAGCAUUAAGGCAAUUAAGGUUAAGAUGGAAACAACACUCAUGUGCUUUCUUUAUUAUUUGUUCAUAACAAUUUGUUACUUCUUUGGCAAUUCAGUAGUGCAUGCUAUUGAAUCACCAAAGUAUAUAGUGAUACAAUCAGAAUCAGAUUUUCAGAUCAGACUCUACAAUGAAUCAUCAUGGAUAUCUGCUCCUUCUUCUGGAACUAAUUCCUUUGAGCAGUCCACCAAAACUGGAUUUCACAGGUUGUAUCAGUAUAUCCAUGGUGCAAAUUUAAAUUCCUCAAAAGUUGCAAUUACUGCUCCAAUCUUAACAAGAAUCCCUUCAUCAACAUCUUCUGAGAUUGGCUAUAGUGUAAGAAUGUAUGUAUCACCUCACUUUCAAGGGAAACCUCCACAGCCAAAUGCUGAGCUGAAGUUGCAACUUGAGAAAUGGAAAACUCAAUGCAUAGCAGUUAGAAAAUUCAGUGGAUAUGCAAAGGAUGAUAACAUUAACAAAGAAAUUGAAGCUCUUGUUACUAGCCUAAAUAAACACUUGGAUGAAACUUCAACAAUAAUACAACAAGAUACAAGCUCAUAUACCAUUGCUCAAUACAAUGCUUCAUUUCAUAAUGCUGAGAGGGUGAAUGAAGUUUGGAUAAAAGUGUCAGGAUUCAGAACUGAUUGCUGAGGGUAGUUAAAAAUUCUCAGAACAAUAGUUUAAUGAUUGUUUCAGUGCCAUUGUUCUUAAAGUGUCUUAUUUCAGCUUCUCAUUGUUAGUUCAAUGUGAAAUAAUGCUCCUACCUACUUGAAGGGGUAAACUUUGUGUAGAGCUCUCUUUGUUUGAAUUUAGAAUUGAGAACACGAAACCUUUGCUUCAGUUAAGGUUGGAUUCAUGAGUUUCAAUUUAAAA